CUGUAUCUCUUCCAAUAAUGGCUGCAUCUUCAGCUUAUUUUCAUCAAUUCUUCAUUGUUUAAUUCUCUUUCUUCUUCAAAGUUUACUGCUUUCUCUUCAGAUUUUUGCUAUCUUUUUUCUUCCAUUAAUGGCUGUUCAAGCUCAAUACCCUUCCGAUUUCCUUCUCGUAAACAGAAGUGCAGAACAGGGGACGGCAAUAACAACGCCGAUCAAUUCAUUCUCUUUGCAAACGCAAACGCCACAGUUGAUAGACCUUUCUCUACUUCACCGAACAAAUUUAGUCUCCACCGGCCUCCGAUUAUCUUCCGUCGAUCAACAGCAAAGUCAAAAUCAUAGUGAUCCUCAACAACAACAACAAUUAAGUCUUAUUUCGAACUUUUCUACCCUUUUUUCUAUAGUAUCAGAUAAUUUGGGUUCCCAAAUUAAACGCCAGAGAGAAGAGUUAGACCAGUUUCUUCUAGCCCAGGGGGAGGAAUUGCGGCGUGCGUUAGCGGAGAAAAGGCAAAGGCAUUACCGAGCGCUACUCGGUGCAGCGGAGGAAUCGGUAGCGAGAAGGUUGAGAGAGAAAGAAGCGGAAGUGGAGAAAGUAAAGCGUCGGAACACCGAGUUGGAGGCACACGCGGCACAAAUUAGCCUGGAGGCGCAGGUUUGGCAGGCGAAAGCGAGGGCUCAGGAGGCGUCAGCGGUUUCGUUAGAAGCGCAACUCCAACAGGCUAUAAUGAGCAGAGGGGCCGUAGUGGUGCACGAUAGUAGGAGAAGGGACGAGGGGUUGAACUGUACGGGUGGGGUCGAAGGGACGGCGGAGGACCCGGACCGUGUGGUUCCGUCGGGAUCGGCUUGCAAGGCCUGUAGAAUAUGUGUGGCGUCGGUGGUGCUACUGCCGUGCCGGCAUCUUUGCUUGUGUAUAGAGUGUGAUAGAGUGGCCCAAGCCUGCCCGCUUUGCCUCACCGUCCGAAAAUCUAGCGUUGAGGUUUUUCUUUCUUAAAAGUUUUACUUUUCAAAGAUAAAAAAA